GGCUGAACCAGUUGAGAGGAGAGAGAAACCAAGGGUUGCUUCAGUUGAGACUUAAGAAGAGAGAUGAUAUAACAAGAAGAAUCAUCAUCGCCGACCGCCUCGCCGUCAAAAAGACACCGUUGUUAUCGUCGUUGUAUAGCCGCUGUGAAAGAACGCGCCGCCACCACCGACGGUGGUUGCGGAGAUUGACAGAUAAAGAACAAACAACCAACCAAUCGUGUGAGUGAGAGAGAGAGAGAGAGAGAGCAAAUCAACAGCUCCAAAUUUUCCCAGGGCCUCGGGUCAACAGAUUCAUGUAGGAAAAACAGAGCUAUUUUUAGCAAAAAUACUAAUUGUGAGAUCCAAGGCCAAAUACAAAACAUGGUGGGGGUACAAGCUAUUAGGAAACACCAGAAGUACUUGGAUCUCCCCUCACUCAUUGGGAGGGCUAAACUUCAAACUUUUGAAGGUAUAAAGGAGAGAGGGUGGAGGAAGAUUCAAGGGUGGAAGGAGAAAUAGUCGUCUAAGGCAGGAAAGGUUAUUAAUAAAAGUUGUUUCCCAAGCAUUUCCCACAUAAGCAAUGAGUGUGGUUAAACUUCCAACAACGUUUUGUAAGGAGCUUAGGAUAAUGUUGAACCGGUUUUGUUGGGGCACAAAUGGAGGAGGAAAAUUUGAUGGAAGAAGUGGGAAAAGUUGUGUAAAAACAAAUAAGGAGGGUUUGGUUUUCGGGAUCUUGAAGCUUGUACCAUGGCAUUGCUUGCAAAACACGGGUGGAGGCUAAUGCAUGAGUAAGAUUCUUUGGCUUUUGUUCUUCUCAAAGCAAAAUACUGUCCUCUUUGCUCCUUUAUGGAAGCUAUGUGGAAGUCCAAUGCAUCAUUCACAUGGAAGAGUAUAUUAGAGGCGCAGAGUGUGAUAGAGAAAGGAAGUAGAUGGUGUAUAGGCUGUGGGGAAAAUGUUAAGGUUUGGGGUGGUAGAUGGCUUCCCACACCUAGUACUUUAAAAGUAUUGAGACCAAUGCCUUUGAGGAUGGAAGAUUUACAGGUAAGCUAAUUUUAUAAAACAGUGAUAAUAGGUGUUGGAAUCAUGAUAGAUUGGAUAACUUGCUUGGGGAGAGGGAUAAGGUGGUCAUUCUUAAAAUUCCUUUUAGUUCAAACUCACAAGGGAUAGAAGAAUUUCAAUUUGGGCAGUUACAAGCAGUGGGUAAAGAUACAGUUGAACAGUUCAUUAUGUGCCCUGGAUGAUAUGCAAGUCAAGGAAGAGUUGGGUGUUCGAACAAAUAAGUAAGCCUCUGAGUUCUAUAACCUGUGAAGCAAUUAUGCACACCUGCAAGAAUAUAAAGAGAGUGUGUUUAAGAGGUGUGACCUGAACCUUCACAAUGGAACACAAUUGAUCAGAGUUGGAAGCUGCCAAGAGCACCGUUGUAUAAAGUUAACUUUGAUGGUGCAGUUUUUAGAGAGCAAGAGUAUCUGGAGUUGGUGUACUGGUGCAGGAUGAAAAAGGGAUGCUCAUAGCUGCUUUAAGCCAUAAGGGUCCAGCAAUUACAGAGGAUCUAGAAGCAGAAAUUACAGCAGCAGUGCAGGCAAUAAAAUUUGCCCAUGAGAUUGGGCCACGCAACAUUAUUCUAGAACGAGCCUCUCUGAGUGUGGUUGAAAAGCUUCUGGCUCAUGAGGAAGACAGUUCAUGGUGGGGAAAUUUAGUACAAGAGGCGAAGAUGGGGCUAAUGCAGUUCCGAACCUGGGAGCCAUUCCUGAUAUGAAUAUUUUGAAGCAGCUUGUGCCCACCAAACAUCACUUCAGUGGUUUAACCAAGCAUUGUAGAGCACUGCGUUCUUCCUACCUCCAUUCAUCCACAGAUGCCUCAGUUGAAGUUCAUUCUCCAGAGCAGGAGGUAGUGAUUGCUUUGGGAAGCAAUGUGGGAGACAGACUAGAUAAUUUUAAUAACGCCUUGGAGAUGAUGAACAAAUCAGGCAUAAAUAUUACAAGACAUGCUUGUUUGUAUGAAACAGCUCCAGCAUAUGUGACUGAUCAGCCUAACUUUCUCAAUUCUGCGGUCAGAGCCGUUACUAAACUCGGCCCACAUGAAUUACUGGGAGUGCUCAAGCAAAUUGAAAAAGACAUGGGUCGUUCCGGUGGUAUAAGGUAUGGUCCAAGGCCAAUUGACUUGGAUAUAUUGUUUUAUGGAAAGUUCAAGAUCCACUCUGAUAUUCUUACCAUACCCCAUGAAAGAAUUUGGGAGAGACCAUUUGUAAUGGCCCCUCUAAUGGAUUUAUUGGGUUCAUCUGCUGAUUGUGAUACAGUUACUUGUUGGCAUUCCUUUUCACUGCUAUCUGGUGGACUUCUAGAGUUUUGGGAGAAAAUGGGUGGUGAAUCCCUUAUUGGAAAGGAAGGCAUGAAAAGGGUUUUACCCAUUAAAAGUGGUUUAUGGGACUGGUCAGAGAGAACCUCUGUCAUGGGUAUCCUUAAUGUGACCCCAGAUAGUUUUAGUGAUGGAGGAAAGUUUGUCUUUGUGGAGGCUGCAGUUACUCAGGCCCGCUUGAUGAUUUCUGAAGGGGCUGAUAUGAUCGAUAUUGGUGCUCAAUCUACACGGCCAAUGGCCUCUAGGAUAUCUGCUGAAGAAGAAUUAGAUAGACUAAUGCCUGUUUUAGAAGCUGUUGCAGGGAUGCCGGAGGCAGAGGGAAAGCUCAUAUCAGUGGAUACUUUCUAUUCAGAAGUUGCUUCUGAAGCAGUUAGCAAAGGGGCUCAUCUUGUAAACGAUAUAUCUGCUGGGCAAUUAGAUUCUAACAUGCUCAGGGUGGUCGCUGGCCUUAGGGUUCCAUAUAUUGCAAUGCACAUGAGAGGGGAACCACAUACAAUGCAAAAUAGCGAAAACUUGCAGUAUGAUGAUGUUUGUAAGCAGAUAGCGUCUGAAAUAUACUCAAGGGUUAAGGAUGCAGAAUUAUCAGGUAUCCCAGCUUGGAGGGUAAUUAUUGACCCUGGAAUUGGAUUCUCAAAGAAAACUGAACAUAAUUUGGACAUCCUAGUGGGAUUACCAAACAUCCGUGCCGAGAUUGCAAGGAAAAGUUUUGGUGUCUCUCAUGCUCCCAUGCUGAUUGGACCCUCCAGAAAGAAAUUUUUAGGUCACAUUUGCUCUCGAAUUGCUGCAGAUGAGAGAGAUCCUGCCACUAUUGCUUGUGUCACUGCCGGUGUUUUGGGUGGAGCAAAUAUUGUACGAGUACAUAAUGUAAGAGACAAUGCAGACUCUGUGAAGGUUUGUGAUGCAAUGCUGAAACAGAGGAGCACCAAAAAUCUCUCUUGAUGUUUGCUUUGUAACGUGACGUUUAUUUAGUUAACGCAGUGUUGUCAGCUUACAAAAGUGCAUGGCAAUAACCAUAUUCUUUGUUUUUUUUUUUUUUUUUUUUUUUUUUUUUCACCAACCAUGUACUCAGAAAUUUUGUUGUAUUAAUAUUUUUCCUUCAAUAACCUAUUGGAUUUAGCUAUCUUCUCAUUGGUUUGUCAAUCAGCUCCAACUUGAAGGCACUAUGAAUGUACAAACGGCAUGGUAUAUGGCUGUUUUUA